CAAGUAAGAGGUAAAAAUAGAACUUGUCAACAUUCAAAAUGGCGUCAAAAGAAGAAAUGUCAGAAAACAGUGGUAGCAAUGAAAGGUGUGAAUCCGAUGCAUCUGAUCAGAAAAGUGAAACACAGAACAAUGGAUCAGGUGAAAGUACAGAUGUUGUGAAACCACAGAAUACGCCUGUGGAAACACCAGACAAUGAAAACCUUGCCAAUACAGAUAUACCAGUCUCAGACCCAGGAGGUGACUCAAAGGAUACUGCUCAAACAGAAAACUGUGAUAGUGCUAGUAGUGAAACUGUUACAUUUAAAGUGAUCUAUAAUAAACAGAAAUAUGAUGUGACAUUUCCAUUGGAUAAAAAAGUGCUGGAUUUAAAAAGUCAUGUACAGACGUUAACAGGUGUUCCAUCAGCAAUGCAGAAAAUCAUGUUUAAAGGUUUAGCAAAAGAUCAAAUAACAUUAAGAGAUCUGAAAGUUACAAAAGGUGCAAAGGUUAUGGUGGUUGGUUCAACAAUGAAUGAUGUUCUGCAAGUCACAAACACUCCUACAGCCAAGGAAUUGCAAGAGGAGGAAAAAGCUGCCACUUCAAAAGAACCUCUUAGUACACAAAAACAACACAAGAAAGUGUUAGAUAAGUAUGGGAAGCCAGAUGACAUUCUUCCGGGAGUAAAAAACACUAAAGAACCAUUACCACACUUCCCUCUGACAGGCAUGUACAACAAGGCUGGUGGCAAAGUCAGACUCACAUUUAAACUUGAAUUGGAUCAACUCUGGCUUGGAACUAAAGAAAGAACAGAGAAACUCCCAAUGAAUUCCAUAAAAGCAGUAGUCAGUGAACCUUUAGCAGGACAUGAAGAAUAUCAUAUGUUGGCUUUGCAACUAGGUCCCACAGAAGCUUCUCGCUACUGGAUAUACUGGGUGCCAGCACAAUAUGUAGAUGCCAUCAAGGACACUAUAUUGGGAAAGUGGCAAUUGUUCUAGUGCAUUUCUAACUUAAUUGUGAUACAUUCAUGUUUAUCUUGGAUACAUUCAUGUUUAUCUUGGAUACAUUCAUGUUUAUCUCAGAAGCAUUCAGUUGAUCUUGGAUACAAUCGUGUUUAUCCAGGAUACAUUUAUAUUCAGUUUAUCGUGGAUGCAGUCAGCUUACAUUGAAAACAUUCAUGUUUCUCUUGGAUAUAUUCAUGUUUAUAUUGGAAUCAUCAAUUGGCAUCUGGGGUACAUCCACACUUUAGAAAUCUGAAUUAUUAUCCCUAGGCGAGAAGUAAAUGGGGGCUGUAAUAGAGUCUGGCCUAUCUGCUGAUCCAUCUGUGAUUCUUUUCCAUCUAAUGGAUUUUCAGAAAACUACACGUGAGGGUUUGCCAUCAUAAUACAACAAUAUACAUGGGCAUAACUGGUCACAAGAUCACAGGUCAAAGCCAUACUGAAGGUCAAAGUCCAUAUAGCUUUAUUUCUUGUCUGUCUCAUAUCUUUUAAAUGCUUACAGUCAUGGCAUAGCACAAAGCCAAGGCCAAGGUCACAUUUUAUGGUCCAGUAGCUUUAUUUCAUGUCCACUCUGUAUCUUCUAAACUGGAAAGAUAUUGGUAAAAUUAGCAUCAAUUGUUAAUAGCAGACUCGGUUAUAGGAAAAUCUCAGUCAUUUCUUGCCUAAUCUUUUACCUUUAUAUUUUUUUUUUAUGAAGAACAUAAAAAAAUCAAUGAUGGAUAAAUAUGAAAUAAUUUAUUUAUGAAUAUAAAUACGUUUUGUACAACUUUAUUUUGAUAAAAUAGCAAUUAAAUACAUCAACAAUGACUCAAGUGGCAGUUUUGCCUAUCUGUCCUGUCUGCUACAAGUCAGACAUUCGUUAUAAAGUUCAGUUUUAGUGAACUAUGUGUGUUCACUAUAUGGAUUCAACUUAUGUCCAAAAAAGCAAACAAUUUUAUGACCCUGAUUAGGUCCUUGUAAUCAAGUUUUACUGUAUCAGCAACAGCUUUCAGACUAGUUGAUCUGUGUCCACUUUUAUUGAGAUCUUGGAUCUUUGAGAGGAACCCUAAAGUUGCCCAUUUAAUUUGCUGUAUUUGAUGUACAUAUUUCUAUCUUAGACACCAUACUGUGAAAUCAUUAAUAUUCGUGGGGGACUAAUUUUCGUGGAUUUCGUGGUUAAGUAAAUCCACAAAAUUUAAUCCCAACGAACAAGUAAAAUUCCAAUCCAUUUUAUGUUCAAAAGUUGAAAUCCACGAAUUCAUAUCCCCGCGAAAUUGCCGUUUUGACCAAAACCACAAAAUUUCAUGCAAACAAAAUUAAAUGAUUUUACAGUAAUUAGUAUCCUGGAUACAUUCUUGAUACAUCCAUGUAUAAUACAUCUAUCUUCGAAACAUCAUUGGUAUUUUGAAUAAAGUUGUAUCAAGAAAUUAAUAAGUUAGAGGAGCUAUUGCAGAUGUGUGUGUCAGUACAAAACUUGUUAUAAAUAAUUGUUCAAGAUUGUUUGGUGCAGCAUUCUGUGUUCUUUUGUGAGAUCAUUUUCAUAAUUUCAUUAUUUUACAAAGAUUCAUAUACAUUUUGUUGUUCUUCAUCCAUACUGGCAUCAAGCGGCUCAACCAUUCUGCAAGAAGAGAAGUAUUGUACUCCCAUAUAUAUUAGACAUUGUGUAUGGCAUGAUUUAUAGGACUACAACUGCAAGUUUUAGUUAGGCUGUUAGUUUUUGUAAGAAUUUUACAGAAAACAUGAAGCAUGAAGUUGUUACCUGUAAAUAACAAGUAAGUAAGUAAGUAACUGGUGCAAAAUUAGGGAACUGACCUCUUAUAACUGAAACAUAUUUUUAAUUGCAUACAGAAAGUAUAUGGGUGUUUUAUUGGAGUCCAUCAGUAUGUGGGGCCUCCAUGGCCGAGUGGUUAAGGUCAUUGACUUCAAAUCACUUGCCCCUGAUAGAUGUUGGUUCGAGCCUCACUCGAGGCAUUGAAUUCUUCAUGUGAGGAAGCCAUCCAGCUGGCUUACGAAAGGUCGGUGGUUCUACCCAGGUGCCCGCUCGUGAUGAAAUAAUGCACGGAGGGACACCUCCAGCAUUAAAGAUGGAAAUUCGACAUAUUACAUAUAAUUGUGUGGUGAGACGUUAAACCCAAUAAAAUAAAUGAAUAAUCCAUCAGUCUGUAGUUUGUUUCUAGAGGCAUAUCGCUGAUACACAUUGUUUAUCAUCAUAAUACAGUGGGAAUCACAUUUGUCCCAGGUCACUAGGUCCAAGGUCUCACUUUGAGGUCUAAGACUUCUUGUUUAUUCUGUUGUAGCUCCAUAUUUUUAUCUCGUCUGAUUUUUGAAAAAAAUGUACCAGGUAGUGUCAUCAUCUGGUCAUCAGGAUUGGCAUUGGUUAAAAUUUUUGUUUAGAUUCACCUUUCCUCAAAAACCAGAGCUACAGCUUUGAAACUUUGCACACUUGUUUGCCAUCAUUAGGUGACUUAGUAAGCCAAGAGCCAUAACUCUGAUAUGCAUUUUGUCGAAAUUAUGACCCUUUUUGUACUUAGAAAAUUUGAGUUUCUUGGUUAAAUAUUUUGCUUAGGUCCACCUUUUCUUAAAAACUAUAAGAGCUACAUCUUUGAAAUUUUGCACACUUGUUUAUCAUUAUUAGAUGACUAUGUAGGCCAAGAACCAUAACUGUAACCUGUAUUUUGUCAGAAUUAUGGCCCCUUUUGUACCUAGAAAUUCUUAACUAUUUACACUUUUCAUACAUACUGACCAGCACUUGCAGACGACCAAUGGCACCUGUAGGCGGUGCUCUUCUUUAAACUUGCAGAAGAAUUGUCAUAAAACUGACAUCAAAAAGAUAUCCAGAGUGCAAAACCAAGGUCACUAAGUCAAAGGUCAAGUACAGCCAUGGAGUUCAAAGGUCAUGAUUAAUUUUAGGGUAUGAAUCAUCUUUCGUGAUAGUACCAGUUUUGUCAAAACCAUAACAGACGUUCAAGAAAACACAAUGAAACAGAAGAUUGUAGACUGUUUUCUUUGCUUAUCAUCUCCUCGGUUGUCAAAUCCACAUUUGAUCUGAUCUGUAUAUAUUACUGUCUUAAUUAACCUUUACACUGCUAAAUUUCUAUAGUGAACUUGUCCAUCUUUCAAUUUGGACAGUACCAUUAACUGUUAAAAGGGAUGAUUACAAAAAAAAUACUGACUGAAUAGUGAACAGUGCAGGUCAUGAUCAGACUGCACGGAAGUGCAGGCUAAUCAUGAUCUGCACUGGUUGCAAAGGCAGAAUCGAUCCUGUCCAGCAUGAUAAGGGCUAACUACAGUGGAUAAUAUGACCGCUAUUCACAAAUUUAUUUGUGUGACCUCUAUCAGUGGGAAGUCAUUGCUUAUAUUUGCCAAUACCAUGCGUAGAUUUUUUUAUUUUCAACCUUUAAAUAUGCUUUUGUUGCAACAGUAUUGUUCAGACUGCACAUGAAAAGUUAUAAACCUUUAGAAGUCAUUCUUAAAAAUAUGUAUGAUUAUUGUAUUUUAAGAACGAAGUCUGGUUUUAUUUCAUAUAAUCAUUUGAAAAACUUCAGCCCCUAGUCUUGACUCCAGCACCUAGUCUUUCACAAAUAUUUUCAUAUUUGCAACUGUGUGGUGUCUUUAAACAUGACUUCAGACUGGCAUCUGAUGGCUUCAUGUGCAUUUAUACAAGAUACAGAAAAAAGUUGAUAAUUUUGCAACAUGGAGAUACUUGUGAUCCAUAUGAAAUGGAAAGAUUUGCCCAGGUUUAGAUGCCUAACACUUCCAUGAAAUGCAAUCUAUGAUUUAUUACUUAGUUUCUCACGUUUAAAUAAGCAGCAAAAUGUUUGAUAAGUUAGUUGUAAUAAGUGAUGACACAAAAUGCAAUCACCUGAUGUCAAAAUGCGAUCCCAACUAAUGAUUUGAUAUCCAUUGACUACAAACUAUUGAUAUAUCACUUGUCUUAUGCUUACUUUCAGUGUUUUGCAAAUAUUUUGCGAUGCAAAGAUAUCACUUACAUAAAUACGGUAUUCAUCUUACUGUGUUUAUUGGUUUGAAGCCCAUUAUGUAUUAAUUAGAGCUUCUGUAUGACAAACAAGUCAAUUUAAAGUAUUCUGUUACUGUAUUUAUUUGACUUUGUCUCUGGCAAAUUAUGUUGAAAGUUUUACAAUAUGUUUGAUCUUAGAUUUCAAACAGAAUUUUCUAGUGUUCUUUCAUGGUAUAUAAAUUAUAAUAAUGACUUUGUUUAAUAUUGUUGAAUACAUACUACAAUACAUUUGUUUGAUUUGUUAACCAAGUAAAUCCACCAAACGUAUCAAGUAAAAUAUGUAAACAACGAAAGAAACGUACCCAGGAAAAAUGUUACAAUUUCUGAAUGAUAGUUAUUUACCAACAAUUUAUUUUAAGAUAAGAGUAAAGGUGUAAUUUUAUUUUGUGUUGUAUGUAUCCAUUGCUGCAGUGUAUUUUAGCAUAAUCCCACAAUCAUUCCUGAAUGUUAUACCUGUGCUCAGCUGAUUGUUUCACAGUUGGCUUAAUAUAUUGACUUGUGGUUUUUUUACGAAAUGGUUCAGAAAAAGUGCUAAGCUUAAUGUGAUAGUGUUCUUUGAGGAACAGUAAUAAAUGUCUUUUCAAGAGUU